AUAUUAAGCGGGACCAGACCAAAAGGAUUAACCUACAGCACAAUGCAGUUGCAGCAACCCAUGCGGAGUGGGCUGUAUCAGCAUAAAAAAUCAGGAUUAAAAGGUUGCUGAAAUGAUCUUCAAUUGCUGUCUUUUAAUCUUUGGCUCCAAGACCGUCUCGUUGUCAUUGCUGACAUAGGAUGGUUAUGAAUGCCUGAACAGCUGCGUGGAGUGUAGCCCUGUGGUUUCUCUUUAGGAUAAUUUUCUAAAGUGUGUGCCCUGAUUUUAAAUUGAAUAAUGCCUAUGUAGUCUGAAUUUGUGAGCGCUGGGGAAAGGACAGUUAAUACUUUAUUUCAAAGAGAUGUUGGUUGUUCUGCCUUUGUUAAUGUCCUGGGCUGUCUGAAUGCAUACAUGACUCCACAGGAAGCUCAUCGUAGUACUUAUUAAAUGCUGGAGUUUAGCCCGGAUGCUGGGGGAAGAAGUUUCUGGCACUUUUGGAAGCCUGUGCUGCCAGCACCAGUGACUCUUAGUGAUAUCAGUAGUCGUUUGGCUACUGGGAUUAACGAAGAUGAGUAACAAAGAUCAAAAAAUUCAGUAGAAUAACCUGCAACAUUUCGAGAACACAAAACUGCCAAAGGUGCAGGAGCCUCGGUCUAAAUGGGUCCAGUCAUGCCUCCGAGUAAAAAGCAGGAGAGCUCCGGAAUUAGUGUUUCCAGUGGACUGAGCCAAUGCUUUCGGGAGAGCUCCCUCGUACAGGUACGCCAUGAAGAUGAGGAGCUAGACUUUGCUUUACCUGAUAUCCGAUUACAGAGAGGGACUAUGGAGGAUGAGGAGCUAACUAACUUGAACUGGUUGCACGAGGGUAAGAACUUGCUGAAAAGCUUUGGGGAUACUGGUUUACGGAGUGUCAGUCCUGUUCAGGACAUUGACGAUGACACACCUCCAUCACCUGCUCACUCGGAUAUGCCCUAUGAUGCCAAGCAGAACCCAAACUGUAAACCUCCUUAUUCUUUUAGCUGCCUCAUAUUCAUGGCCAUCGAGGACUCUCCCACCAAACGACUACCCGUUAAGGAUAUAUACAACUGGAUCUUAGAACAUUUUCCAUACUUUGUCAAUGCACCCACUGGGUGGAAAAACUCUGUAAGACACAAUCUGUCACUGAAUAAGUGUUUUAAGAAAGUGGACAAGGACAGAAGUCAGAGCAUUGGCAAAGGUUCAUUGUGGUGUAUAGACCCAGAGUACAGACAAAAUCUUAUUCAGGCUCUGAAAAAGACACCCUAUCACCCGUACUCCCAUGUUUUCAGUACACCUUCCAUGUCCCCCCAAGCAUAUCAAAGCACGUCAGGGACACCUCUUUGGCCAGGAACUGCCUUUAUUAAGAGAAAUGGAGUGCUUCUUCCAGAUUCCGACUGUGAUGCUGCUUCUGCCAUGAUGCUAUUGAAUUCUCCUCCUGAGAUACAAGCCAGUUUUCCCCAGGGAGUAAUACAUAAUGGAGCCCGCAUGCUAAGUCGAGAGGUGUUUACAGGAGUCAGACCACUGCCAAUAAAUCCUAUUGAAAGCAUGGCUGUUGCAGUACGGAAUGGGAUAGCCUCUUACCGUAUGCGUCCAGAGAAUGAACAGUCCUGUGGCUCCCCUGUCGUCAGCAGUGACCCUAAAGAGGACCACAACUACAGUAGUGCAAAAUCUUCCAACCGCAGAAGUACCUCCCCAGUUAGUGACUCCACAUCAUCCGCGGAUGAUCAGUAUGAGUUUGCCAUCAAAAGCAGUCACAACACCAGCGAGGGUAGUGAGGGCAGCUUCCAGAGUCAUGAGAGUUACAGCGAGACAGAGGAGGAGGACAAAAGGCAAAUCAAGAAGGAACCUGUGGAUUCUUCAGCUGACAGUGCAUGCCUGUCCCAGCUGAAGAAAAGGCAACAUCAACCAAAAGCUAAGAGAUUACCAAGUGACUCUUUACCAUUAAAAAAGAGGCGUACAGAAAAGCCGCCAGAGAGUGACGAUGAAGAAAUGAAAGAGGCAGCAGGCUCGCUAUUACACUUGGCAGGAAUCAGAUCAUGUUUGAAUAACAUAACAAAUCGGACGGCAAAGAAAGAGCAAAAGGAAAGUGUAAAAAAUUAGGGCAGAACAUUCAUAUGAUAGGAUUUACAAAUUUUCCUUCAGCACGUCAGGUGAAUUCUAAUUUGUGGCAAUAUAUCAACAAUUUUUUUUCCUAUCCUUUGGACCCUUUAGUUUUUUUAUUAUUAUUAUUAUUAUUUUUUAUUUUAAGGAGAUUAAAGCCAUAUAUCUUGUACUGAUAGUCAGCUAAUUUACAGCUUUUCAGUAACUGAAGACAGAAACACACACACACACACACACACACACACACACACACACACACUCAUCACAAUUAAAGCCAAAACCACCUUCUGUUUCAGAAAUGCAUGGUGCGACGCACAGUGACAUCAUCUUCAUGACCAUUACCAUACUCAUACAACAUGAUUGGAUAUCAUUUGCACUUUAUGCCCUUUCACAGAUCCAUCUUUGUUCAUGGAAAAGUAAUUCACAUAGUUUGUCACCUGGGAGGGAAAAGAAAUAUAAUGUGUGUGGAAAUGUUGAAAUGCAUUUAUGGUGAGCGUGGAUGAGAGCAGCAAGGAUCUGGGAGCGCUAUGCCACAAAUCGUCUGCUGGCACUUAGACAGAGGUGUUCCAUGAGAGUCCUUGCGGCAGCUGCACUUAAAGUGUGAUGUAGUUGUCAGUGAGGCCUGAAACAGGAAUGAUGCUAAUCUGAAUGCUGAAUUGCAAAAAAAAAAAAAAAAAAAAAAAAUGUGCCAAGGAUUU